AUGUUAUCUCUUUCGAUCCUUACCGCCUUCGUCUGUCUGACACCCUUCGUUAUUGCUGCUCCUUCCGAGCUUCAAAAGCGUGUCGACACCACGACCUACUGUGGUCAAUAUGACAGCGUCGAUACCGGCACAUAUACUCUUUACCUCGACCAGUGGGGGAAGGACAACGCCGAUUCUGGUUCAGACUGCGCUUCGGUCACGUCUACCAGUGGUACCAAUAUCGCAUGGACCACGACGUGGACAUGGAGCGGGGGCUCUGGUGUGAAGAGUUUCACUAACAUCAACGUCAACGACGGUCUCGACGUUAAGCUCAGUGCUAUUAGCAGUAUCAAGAGUUCGUGGACCUGGACCCAAACUACCAGCGGGACCGUUGUGGCCGACAUUGCGUAUGAUAUGUUCACCUCGUCCACUUCUGGGGGCUCGAAUGAGUAUGAGAUCAUGGUCUGGCUCGAUAAUAUCAAUGCCGGGGCUAUCUCUUACACCUAUGGCUCUGACGGUUCGGCUACACCCAUUGUUAGCAGUGUUACUAUUGCAGGAUACACAUGGGACUUGUAUUAUGGCUCUAAUGGUUCCAACUAUGUCUACUCCUUCUUGACUGCGGAUGGGAGCGCCAUCAAGAGCUUCAGCGCUGACCUGAUGGACUUCUUCGAUUACCUCACCUCGAACGAGGGAUUGAGCACUUCACAAUACUUGACCACGGUUCAGGGUGGAACUGAGGCCACCUCAGGUUCUGCCACUCUCACUUCGUGA